CUCAAUGCGGAGGAUCCCUCUUUCAGGUCCUGCUGCGUGUGCUGGCGUGGACUACUCGCGGUGUGAAGAUGGUCAAACUGAGUAAAGAGAGCAAACAGCGGCUGCAGCAGGUGUUCCGUGUCACCCAAUUCGCCAUCCGCUGGGGCUUCAUUCCUACCGUGCUUUACCUAGGUUUUAGAAGAGGUGGAGAUCCAGGAAUGCCAGAGCCCAGUCUUCUAAGUUUGCUAUGGGGAUGAGGAGAACAGAAGAUCUUAAAUUUCAACUAGAAACGCCAUUUGAGAGGAAAGUUGGAAAGCAUAGAUCACUACUAUAGAUGGAUUCACUGUAACACAUCUACAACGCAAGAAUUUCCAGAGGAAACCAGCACACUGUAUUGUAUUUCUGUAAAAGCAAAACUGUAUUUGAGCUGUGUGUAAAAUUAAAAGUUAAUAGAAAGAAAACAAAAAAAAAUUAAAGUAACAAUGAUUUGUGCUGUGAAUCUGUCGGGUGCCUUAGCACUUUAAAAUGAGAAGCUUCUGCAAAAUGUACUUGAGUGCAUCAUCUGUUAUCUAAGCUUUUAAGAUAACAGCUGUAAUUAAAUUGUUCAAAGUAUUAGGUAAACUUUAUUUGAAACUGUUAUCUUGGAGUUCAAGAUGCAUAAGAUAAAUUUUGCUUUAGAUUUGACAUUUGUAAUGAAAGUGUGGAUUAGAAAUCUAUCAAUGAAAAUACAAUUUUCCAGCAGUAAAUUAACUCUUCAUAUGAAGUUGAUUAAACAAAAAGACAGUUGUACUCUGAAUAAAAUGUGCUCUUUGCCUUUCUUGG